ACUGGUGUAUGUUCGCAGCUUCCUCGUGGCUGGACCAGGUGGAUGAGACCUGCUUUCCCUGUUCCCAGAAGCUUGUGGUCUGGCCAAGAGACAAACAGUACAAUUCAAACACACCUCAUUCAAAGAAAUUAGACUCUGUAAACAAGUGCCUCCCCCAGGCUGCCCUCUGGGCUCCCCGCCAAAUAUUCCUGUGAAUGGUCAGUGCCAGGAAACUUCCUGAACUCAGGGCUUUUGUAGAGACAACAGGGUGUAUAGGGACGACUGGGCUUACUCUCACUAAUGAGACUUGUAACCUUUCUCGAUGCAGUGAGCUAUAGGGGUAGAGACUCUGUGAUCCAUCUCCGGUUGCCAUGGAGUCUCCUCUGGGCGUCUCAUGUGGCCUGUUCCAGGUUUUCCCUCCAGGAGAGAUCAAGCAGGUUUCUGACGAGGAUGAUAUGAAGACCCCUCUGAAGAGAAGGAGAACUCCCAUGGAUGAUGACCGACACCACUCCACAUGUUGGCCGCCCACCACAGGCGCACAGAGCUUUGGCCUGCUGGAUCCCAAACUGUGCUACCUGCUGGAUGGGAUCCUCUUCAUCUAUGGCAUCAUUCUCACUGCCCUGUUCCUGAGAGCAAAGUUCAGCAGGAGCGCGGCCGCCCCCCAAGGCCAGCAGGACCCCAACCAGCUCUACAACGAGCUCAAUCUAAGAGGAAGAGAGGAGUAUGAGGUUUUGGAUAAGAGACGAGGCCUGGACCCUGAGAUGGGAGGAAAACAGCAGAGGAAGAGGAACCCUCCAGAAGUCGUGUACAACGCGCUGCAGAAAGACAAGAUGGCGGAGGCCUACAGUGAGAUUGGGAUAAAAGGCGAGAACCAGCGUCGGCGAGGGAAGGGGCACGAUGGCCUUUACCAGGGGCUCAGCACUGCCACCAAGGACACCUAUGAUGCCCUCCACAUGCAGACCCUGCCUCCUCGCUAACAGCCCCAGGCAUUUCACCACCCAUUUCACGGGCCAGACCUGCCCAGAUUGUUAAAGACAAAGGAUAAAGCAUUUAUAACCCAGGUCACUUCUAUUUCUCCACCACCAAAGUAUUCCCUCUUAUGAAUUGGAUGCUUUGCAUUUUAACAUUUGGUCAUACCCAACUCCAAACCAACAUCCCCGGACUCUGGAGGGGAGGGGGGCUCUGCCAGGGUUAUGGCCCUGUCCUCGAGGAGUCCUUUGUGAGUGCCACCCGUUCUCGGGGCUUCUGGGGGUCUUGUGGUUCCUCGGAGACUGUGGACAGGCCCCUCUCCUGGAGGCCCCGGGCUCUUACCUGGGAGACGGGUACAUACUCCUCUCACAGCCGUGUUCUGUCCGUGUUUUGUCAAGCCCCCAGAGAAAUCCCAAAUGUUAGCACAUAUCCACUAGUCUUCAUUGUUCCGUCAGUAUUUCAGUGUCUUUGCUCCUGCUGUAAAUUUGGCUUCUGUUGUCAACCUGCGCCCUCUUUUCAAGGUCACUUGUCACUGGGGCAAAGGGGUUUGUUGUGCCUCCCCGUGCAAGGUCUGGGCGGGUGGGGGUGGGGAGAGCCGUGCAAGUCUGUGACAGCCCCAGCCAGGGGCGGCUGAAGCAGGGGAGCAGGGGAAGGGUGAUGGAGGCUCAGCUAGAGCACGGGGCGGGGUGCGGGGCAGACAGGAAGGGGCCCUCUUUCAAUCGAGCGUACAUUCCCCUUCAUAGAACUUAGCGUUUGUGGGCUGGGCACUCUGGGGAGCGGACGAUGAACAAGCCUGUGCUUGUCCUCACAGAGCUCACACUCUCGCAGGGGACGCGAGUUGUGAACAGACAGCCCUCAAAGCACGUAGUAAGGGCCAUUGCAGAGCGCGAACAGUGGGGGCGAGGGAAGGGGGCAAGUGCACACUCUUUCCAGGCACUUGUUCACCUCACACUCCGAGUGAAAGACAGCGUCCCUGUGAAGGCCUCCCCAGGAGGCACGGCCCCUCGCAGACCUGCAGAGACCCGAGGGCUGUGGCGGGCCAGGGUCGCCUUGGAGGGCGUCCGGGAUCGCCUCGGCUGGCUUCUGGGGUCGCCUCGGCUGACUUCCGGGGUCGCCUCAGCUGACUUCCGGGGUCACCUCGGCCGACUUCCGGGAACAGUACUGUGUAAGGUGUCAUGUGUGACCGUCUCUGCUCCGCUUGGUUUUAAUUUAUACGGGUUUGUUAAAGUCUUACUUACUCUCCUGCAUAAUAAACGAUUUGGUGAAACAGC